AUGGGCGGCUUUCGGGCCGUCGAGGAUCGGCCUACCCCAAAGGAGGUCUACAAUUGGCGCUUGUACUCUGAAGCCAUCAUCAUUGCCACUGGAUCAUUGCUUUUCGGCUACGAUUCGGCUUUUGUGGGCACGACUAUUGCACGCGAGAGCUUCCUAACUGAUAUCCACAUCACCAAGGCCAACAGUAGCGCCAUCUCGAGCAACAUUACCUCGAUCUUUCAGGCUGGCGCAUUUUUUGGUGCCUUGUUCUGCUUUUUCUUCACUGAGCGUUUCGGUCGAAAAUGGACGCUACAAAUCAAUGUGGUUGUGUUCAUCAUCGGCGCAGUGAUGAUGACCGCAGCCACUCAUCAAUUGGGUCUAAUCUACGCCGGUCGUGUGCUGACGGGUAUUGGCUGCGGCGCAAUUACAGCCACCGUUCCUAGCUAUAUUGCAGAGCUGUCUAUUCCUUCCAUCCGGGGUAUCCUGACUGGCUUCUUCGAGUGCGCCUAUCAGAUUGGCUCUGUGAUCGGGUUCUGGAUCAACUUCGGAAUCACGGAGAACAUGUCCGCCAAGUCAUCAACAAGUUGGAGAAUUCCUAUGGGAGUACAACUCAUUCCAGCGGUGAUCCUGUUCAUCGGUGGAUUUUUCCUCCACGAGUCUCCUUUGUGGCUUAUGCGCAAAGAGCGUAAUGAGGAAGCCUACCGAGCCCUCGAGACGUUGCGCAGAUUGCCUGUGGAACAUCCCUACCUCCAACAGGAGAUUCAGCUCAUUCAGAACCGGUUGAAUGAAGAGGCGAGUGUCGCAAGCAAGUAUGGACUAGGAUCAUGGGCCUUCUUCCGCGGCGCAAUGGACGAGUUCUCGCGACGAGGCAUGCGGAACCGGGUGUUCCUCGUGUUCUGCGCUUUUGCUUUGAACAAUCUGUCCGGUGCUUCUGCUAUCAACUAUUACUCGCCUACUCUCUUUGCAUCCAUCGGAAUCAAGGACACAGCGCUGUGGACCGGAAUCUACGGUCUCGUGAAGGCGGUUGCAUCCCUUAUCUUUUAUAUAGCCUUUGUUGACAAGAUUGGUCGUCGUCGUCCAGUCAUUCUGUCGUCGAUUGUCUGCUCCUGCUGCCUCUGGUAUGUCGGUGCCUAUGUUAAGGUAGGUAACCCGGCCGCUGUUAUUGCGAAGGGAGGUACUUUAACAGACUCGACAACUCGCGGGGGACACGCAGCAACUGCUAUGAUUAUGAUUUACGCCAUUUUCUGGUCAUUCGGCCUAAAUGGUAUCCCCUGGAUUGUCUCUGCGGAGAUCUUCCCGGGUGCGCUUCGAAAUUUCUCCGGAACUUGGGCAGCCCUUGUCCAAUGGGCUACUCAGUUCCCUAUGAGUAAAUGUCUGCCGUAUAUGUUCAACUCAUUUGGAUACGGAACUUGGUUCUUCUUUGCGGGAUUCAUGGUCGUUGCCACGCUUUGGUCUUACUUCCUGCUUCCUGAAACAAAGGGUUUGACGAUCGAUCAAAUGGAUAGGAUCUUUGGUUAUAACCAACCUGGGCACCGCGGUAUUCCCCAUACCCGGAUUACCCAGACCCAGCUAGCAGCAUCGAAUGCAGGUGUGCCUGAGAAGCCAAGUCAGACUGAACACUUUGAAACUGUCUGA